AUGGGAAAUUUCAAUACCAGUUCACAAGAAGGCUUCAUUUUGGUGGGUUUCUCAGAUUGGCCUCAACUGGAAUUCUUACUUUUUGUCUUUAUUUUGAUUUUUUACUGCCUAACUCUCUUGGGCAAUACUACCAUCAUUGUUCUGUCGCGACUUGACCUUCGACUGCGCACACCCAUGUACUUUUUCCUCUGCCACCUCUCCUUCCUGGACCUCUGUUAUACCACCAGCACUGUGCCCCAGCUCCUGAUCAACCUUUAUGGACUUGAUAGGACCAUCAGCUAUGGAGGGUGUGUGGCCCAGCUCCUCAUUUUUCUUGCCCUGGCUUCUACAGAGUGUUUGAUUUUGGUGGCAAUGGCUAUUGACCGCUAUGCUGCUGUGUGCCGUCCACUCCACUAUAUGGCCAUUAUGCACCCCCUUCUCUGCAGAGUAUUGGCUGUCGCUGCCUGGAUGGGAGGUCUCCUGAAUUCUCUGGUACAGACAGGGCUUGUGAUGGCCAUGCCUCUCUGUGGCCACCAAAUGAACCAUUUCUUCUGUGAGAUGCCCAUAUUCCUGAAGUUGGCCUGUGAGGACACAGAAGGAACAGAGGCCAAGAUGUUUGUUGCUCGAACAAUAAUCCUGGUCUUUCCUGCAGUAUUGAUUCUGGGCUCCUAUGCUCACAUUGCUCAAGCUGUGCUGAAAGUUAAGUCAAUGGCUGGGCGCAGAAAGGCUUUUGGGACUUGUGGGUCCCACCUCAUUGUGGUUUCUCUGUUUUAUGGCGCAGGCAUUUAUACUUACCUUCAACCCACUCACAGGUAUUCUGAGAGCAAGGGAAAAUUUAUUGCACUUUUUUAUACUGUAGUUACCCCCAUGCUGAAUCCUCUGAUUUAUACCCUGAGGAACAAGGAUGUUAAGGGGGCUCUGUGGAAGGUACUAGGGAGAGGUACAUAUUCAGGGUAG